AGCUGACGCGCCGGUUGCUCGGUCGCUGCCGCUGGACAGUCGCCGUCGAUGGAACGUUGCAUUGCCCAGCAUGGAGUCGACGUCCCCAGAGACCAAGGUGGACACCACCUACAAGAUCGCUCACCCACCGGAGGGCACGUCUCCAGUGAGCCCGCCCCUCCAGAAUGAUUCUCCUCGCGAUCAGGCGCCGGAGAAGCUCUUCCCACACAAUCCCGAGCCAGCGUCGUCGAAAGAAGUCCUGCACGAUGCGCCAGAAGUAGUUGAACCGUGGCUGGCGAGCCAACAGAGACCGAAUUCCCCGUUCUCGGAGGAUGGAACCGUCGUGUCUGGCUUUCAACCGCUGGAGUUCAACGAGAAGGGCGAACCCGUCCCGCGACGAGUCUCGGAACUGCCUUCAGAGAAGGGCGACGAUAAGAGAUGCGGUAUCCCCAGGCGUUAUCUGUUGGGAGUGAUCAUUUUGGUGUUCGUCGUUCUCCUCGCUCUGGGGCUUGGUCUGGGGCUUGGACUUGGACUGAAAAAGGAUCAUAAGUCAUCCGGUCCCGGCCUGGUUGACCCAUACUGUGCUGCGAAUCCAGAGUAUUGCAUUGGCGGCGCGCUCGGCACUUCGUACUAUACGAGCAAUGGCACGUUCAACGGCUCCGGUAUCGCGCUAGCGACAGAGUUCUGGAACAACGAGGAGCGCAAGAUCAUGACGGUCUACUUUCAGCAUUGGUCGGGCGAGAUCAGAUGGAUUCAACUGACGCCCAAGGGCGAAUGGAUCGGCGGGACGAAAAGCGAAGUCAUUGCGAGUGACGCGAAGAACGCCACGCCCAUAUCCGCAGUCUCAUACUCCUUGAAUGACACCUCAGUCUGGCACAUCUUCUACGUCUCCGAAGACAACGUCGUCAAGCAAAAGCAGAACAGCAACAGCACCAACAUCUGGCAGGACGGGCCACUCACCGAACUCAACCUCACCGCCUAUGAUGCGCCCAACGUCGGCCUCCAAGCGUGCUGGUACGGCAACUACUACGGCGACUCUGAUGCAUCCAAGUUCCCGACCCGCGACGGAAACAACAACACGAUCCCCUUCAACUCAUCAACCGCCGGCAUGCACCUAUGGUACCCCUCCGACGACUCGACAUUCAUGCAAUACGGCUGGUACGAGGGGCAAGAGCAGUGGGAGGAGCAAACCACCUGGACGGACAUGAACGUGCACGCCGGCGUCGGCUGCUACAGCUGGGGCCCGGGCAGCGUCACCUACGCGAUGAUGGUCGACACGCAAGACACCGCAACAAUCUGGUGGAAAGACACAAACGACAACCUGACCUCGACCUCCGCGCACCCCAUCAACGACUGGAAGAACGCCACGCACUACGCCAUCCCGGACGUCUAUCCCAGCACCUCGCUCGGCUUCACCGAGUACUUCUACGCCCAGAUGCCCGACGGCACCAUCAUGGGCCACGACAUCCAAUGGGCCGCGGAGAACACCACGGGCGUCGCCGAUAACGAAUUUACGGUCGGCAGCGCGCAGGGCCCCGUGCCCGGCCUCAAGGGCACGCAUAUGAGCGUCACGGCGGUCGAGGACCAGAGCGGCGGCACCAGCUUGUAUGUGUUUUAUCAGACGCGCGGCGACGAUUUGAGUAUGUUUAUUAGGGAUAUUAAGGGCGGGCAGUGGACGCAGGGGGAGCUGCCGAUUCCGGAUCAGUGAGUCAGUGAGGUGAGGUGGAGAGCCGGCUGAUGGAUGGGGGCGAGGCUGGAUGCCUGAAUGAACGAUUGAAUGGAUGUCUGAAAUGACUGAAAUGACCACGAUACCUAUUUUGACGAGCGUACGUACGUACGUACUCUCUGCGCGCCAGCUUGAAAAACACUGGCGUGGAUAUGCCUGCCGGUGUGUGUACUACUAGUAAGGAAGGAAUCCCGUAGCAUAAGAUCUCCGCGCUAUCUCUCCGAAUGCAAAAACGCCUUGGCUG